AUGGUGCAAUCCAUCGAAUCUUUAGUAAUAACGUCAUUAAGUGAACGAACACCACUAAUUAAAGAAGAAUCAGAAUUAUGUAAAACAAUAGCAUUACUAUCAUCAUGUUUUAUGUUUAACUCCAAUGAGAAAGAAUCAGAAUUAUGUAAAACAAUAGCAUUACUAUCAUCAUGUUUUAUGUUUAACUCCAAUGAGAGUCAAUCUAAAGGACAUCGAGAGCAAUUGAUCACAUGGCUUAGAAUUUUAUGUAAAGAACGUGCAAUUGAUAAUGUUUCUUUAACAAAGAUAAUUGUUAAUAUGUUGGUCAAACUGGAAAGGGAAAUCUCAGAUUUUGAUAUGGUUCCAGAGUUUGGACAUGAUAUAUUAUCUGCUCUGGGAAGUUGUGAUACUGGCGAUAUUGAUUUAAAGUUAGAUGAAUCACAAACACCAAUUUUUGCUAUUGUUAAUUUAAGAGCUAGUAAUAUUAAUUGUGUUAUAUUGCUUGAAUUUAUAGAACAAACCUGUGAUGAAAUUGAAUGGCCAUUAAUCAGAAUGAGAUUAGUCAUUAGUAAAAAAGGAUAUAAUGAUGAAGAAGAACUAAUUGAUCUCGGAGAAUUUGAAAAUUCAAUUUGUAAAAAAUUGGUCAUCCUGAUUAAUAAUUUGAUACAUCUUGAACAAACCUCACUUCAAUCAGCCCCAUCUGAAGCAUUAAUUAAAUGUUUACAAAAAACAUACAAAAAAAUUGCAGAAGCAGGAGAGAUAAGUAAACAAUUCAUUGAUGUUGUUGAAAAGACUGGUCUACAUUUAACAGAACAUUUGUAUAGUUUUAUUAUGUCGUUUGGGCAAACAAAUGAAGCAGUCGAUCGUCUAAAUAGAAAAGGAAGUUCAAAAUCCAAAUCAACAAGUCAAAAGGCUCGAAUUGCAAGAGAAUCUAAAAUGGUGCCUAAAUUGAUUUUCAUGAUAGAACAAUUUGAGCGUUAUUUAAUACAAUUAUUUUAG